GGGAAUGUGUGGAUCAUGCUGGGCCUUUUCUGUGACAGGAAAUGUUGAAGGCCAGUGGGCAAUCAAGCAUAACAAGCUCAUUUCUCUCUCAGAACAAGAGUUGGUUGACUGUGACAAAACUGAUGAAGGAUGUAAUGGGGGAAUGCCUGAAAAUGCAUAUGAAGCUAUUAAGGAGCUUGGUGGUCUUGAGACUGAAAGUGACUAUCCUUAUGAAGGACGAGAUGAUCAGUGCCACUUUAAUAAGACAAUGGCUCAGGUGACUGUUAACGGAUCAGUUGAGCUACCUCAAGAUGAGACACAGCUUGCAAAGUGGUUAGUGAAGAAUGGACCAGUAUCCAUUGGCAUUAAUGCUAAUGCACUUCAGUUUUAUGUUGGAGGGGUCUCUCAUCCAUUGAAGUUCCUGUGCAAUCCCAAGAACCUUGAUCAUGGAAUGCUUAUUGUGGGGUAUGGUGUGCACAGUAAGUAAUCGUGAUACA